AUGGCGGACCCGCGCAUGAUAUACAUCGCCGGAAAGGCGUUCUACGACGCGAACGGACCGCCGAAAUUGCUCCUCUACCAUCAGACCCCGGAGACGUCGUCCGGGCCGGACGGCGAGUUCGCGCCCGUGCCCGGCGCGCCGAAGAAGCUCUUCCUCACCUCCGGCGAGGUGGACUCCCUGCGCGAGCACGCGCUGUACUUCAUUCGCGUCAACCCCAAGGGCGUGACGGAAAAAACCGUGGAGCAGGACGUCAUGGCGGGCGAAGUCCGCGGCGGCGCGCUCGCGUCGUUCCGCGCGCUCGUGAGCAACCUCUUCGUCCCGGUCCUCGCCAAGCAGCAUCUCAGCGUGUGGGGGAAGAACACGGAGGAGGGCGCGCAGGAGUUUGUCCACGGCGCGGCUAAGUUUGGCGCGGCGCUCGCGGAGGCGGCGACGUCGCUCAAAGGGGGCGUGGAGCUCAAGAAGCCGGACAAGACGAUCGUUCCGAACGUGGACAUCAAGCCCGCGGACUUCGCGGUCGCGGCGACGGACGUCACGAUCGCGGGGCACUUCGAGGACGUCCUGGAGGACUGGUGCGAGAAGACGGAGGCGCUGCUGUCGGAGAACGAAUCCGAGCGGAGAGAGAGCGCGGACGCGGGUCCGGACACGGAGCUCGAGUACUGGCGCUCGCGGAUGGCCAAGUUCAACUCCAUCACGGAGCAGCUCAAGAGCAAGGAGUGCAGGACCGUGCUCGGCGUCGCCGUCGCCGCGCGAUCGAAGGCGCACCGCAGGUGGAAGGACAUCGACAUGGCGGUGACGGACGCGGCGAACGAGAGCAAGGACAACGUGAAGUAUCUCACGACGCUGGAGAAGCCGCUCGAGCCUCUGUACGUCGGGACGCCGCAGGCCAUCGUGGACGGACUCCCGGUGUUGCUGAACUCGGUGAAGAUGAUGCACACGGUGGCGAGGUACUACGCCACCCCGGAGCGGAUGACGACGCUGUUUCGGAAGAUCAGCAACCAGCUCGUGACGCGGUGCUCCGAGUUUGUUGGCGAGGGCGGGAACCUGUGGAACCAGAACCGGCCCGCGCUCCUAGACAAGAUGCGCCUGUGCGUCAAGAUGGAGAAGCGGUACAAGGAAGAGUACGCCGCGUCGAAGGAGCGCCUCGCGCAGCAGCCGAAGGGGAGGCAGUUUGAUUUCGACAACGAGCGGAUCUUCAUCAAGUUUGAGCUCUUCAUCAAGCGCUGCAACAAGCUCCUCGACUUGUACAGCACGAUCAUGCAGUUCACGGCGUUGGCGUCGAACACGCACAUCGACGGCAUGGGCGACAUGAUCAAGAAGUUCUUCCUGGUCGUCGAGGAGCUCAAGCGCAAGCCGUACGACCUCUUGGACUUCACGAAGAACGCGUUCGAUCGCGAUUACCUCGAGUUCAACGUCCACGUCCACGAGCUCGAGACGAACUUGCAGGACUUCAUAAACGCGAGCUUCGAGAACAUCACGUCCACGGAGCACGCGCUGAACUUGCUUCGGCAGUUCCAGGAGAUUCUUCACAGGGAUUCGCUGAGGCGGGAUCUGGACAACAAGUACAUGGUCAUCUUCAAAAAUUACGCGCAGGAUUUAGACGCGGUGCAGAAGAUUUACGAAAAGUCCAAGCACUCGCCGACGCUCCCGCGGAACGCGCCGCCGGUCGCGGGCGACAUCAUGUGGUCCCGGCAGCUCCUGCGGAGGAUCGAAGAGCCCAUGCGAAAGUUCGCGACGAACGAGACGAUCAUGAAGAUGAAGGACAGCAAACGCACCGUGAAGACGUAUAACACCGUCGCCAAGGCGUUGGUCGCGUUCGAGACGCUCUGGCUUCAAGCGUGGGUGAAAUCGAUCGAGAGCAGCAAGGCUGGGCUUCAAGCGACGCUCAUCGUGAAGCACCCGGAGACCGGGGACCUUCUCGUGAACUUCGACAAGGAGAUCAUACAGCUCAUGCGCGAGACGCGGUAUUUGCAGCGCAUGGGGAUAGAGGUGCCGGAGUCGGCGAAGAUGGUGCUGCUCCAGGAGGAGAAAUUCAAGGAGUACUACAACCAGCUGUCGUACGCGCUCAAAGAGUACGACCGCGUCAUGGACUUGAUCGUCCCGGUGGUGAAACCGCUGAUGAAGUCUCACCUCGACGACAUCGAGAAGAAGCUGCACCCGGGGAUGUACGUCCUGACGUGGUCGUCGAUGAACAUAGAUGGCUACCUCCACCGCGUGCACAAGGGCCUCGCGCAUCUCGAGCUGAUGAUCGGCAAGGUGAACGACAUGCUCGAGAACCGGAUCGAUGCCAACUUGAAGGCGGUGGCGCGGCUGCCGCUCGUGACGCUGCCAUCGGACGAGUCGUUCACCUUUGACGACUUUUUGUCGAGGCAGAGCAAACACGUCAAGAAGCAAACCGCGGCGCUCGUCGUGAAAAAUUCCGAAAUCGAACGCGGCUGCGCGGACCUGUGCGAUUUGAUCGCGUCGUUCCCGCUCGACGGCGACCAAAAGUUCGACGCCGCGAAAGUCCAAGACUUCACCGAGCACUACGCCAAGCUCAUGUAUCAGGCGAUUCUCGCGGCCACGCGGAAGGCGUUCGCGGCGAUGAAGAAGCGGCUGGGAAGCCGAAGCAGCGGCGGUUUCUUAUUCGUCGAACGGCCCUUCUUCGACGUCGACGUCGAGCUCACGAUCCCGAACGUCUCGAUGAACCCGACGCUGGAGGACAUCCAAGGCGCGAUCAACGCGACCGCGAAGAAGGUUCUGAAGAUCUCCGAGUCGCUUCACAUGUGGGGCGGCGCGCCGGGAAAGAGCGACGGGCGAACCUUCCACGAGUGGAUCGCGUCGGAUAAAGAGAUUGUAAAGUCCGUGCUCCUGCUCACCGGGUCCAUCGAGGGCACGAAGGCACAGGUGAUGGAGUACAUCGGGACGUUCUCAAGGUUCGACUUUUUGUACAUGCAGGACCUCCAGGCGGAGUACAAGAAGUUCAUGGACACGAGCCCGAGUCUGGAGGCGUUCGAGAACGAGCUGAAAAAAUACAUGGCGAUCGAGGACGAGAUUCAACUCAUCGCGCCGGUGCAUAACAUCGGCGCGAUGAGCCUCGAGACGCAGCCGAUGAAGUACUCCUUGAAAGCGGAAGCCGCGGCGUGGAAGAAGCAGUUCGCGAAGAACCUGCACUCGCAGGGGAAGCAGCAGCUGAAGCAGAUCCACGACUACAUGCGAGAGACGACGCUUCACCUGAACCGCAAGAUCGAGGACCUCGAGGACGUUCGCAAGGUGAUGGGGGUCCUGAAGGAGAUCCGCGACCGCGAGAGCGAUAUCGAUAGCAUCAUGGUCCCGAUCGAGGAGAUUUACGCGCUGCUCGGGCGCUACCAAGUCGUCGUGCCGAAGGAAGAGACGGAGACGGUGUCCGAGCUCCGCUACGGUUGGAACAAGAUGAAAGUGCUCGCGGUGCAGGUCACGGAGAACCUCGGCAGGAUGCAGGUUGGGUUCAAGAGGGAGCUGAUCAAGGAGGUGAAGGUGUUCGUCGUCGACGCGGUCGAGUUUCGCGCGGACUGGGACGCGAACGGGCCGGCGGUUCCCGGGUUGGAGCCCAUGGAGGCUGUCGCGAGGCUCAAAAAAUUCACGCAGAUGUUCGAAGUCCGCAAGCGCAAGUGGGACAACUACAGCAGCGGCGAGGAACUGUUCGGGUUGUCCGUGACGCAGUACCCGGAGCUAGAGAAAACGGAAAAAGAGUUGGCGUUACUCGACCGCCUGUACGGCCUCUUCACGUCCGUGCUCACGACGAUCGACGGCUACGCGGACAUCCUGUGGACCGAAGUUGUCUCCGACAUGGACGCGAUGACGGAACAGGUGACGCAGUUCCAGGCGCAGUGCCGGAAACUCCCCAAGUCGCUCCGCGACUGGCAAGCGUACGAGGACUGCCGAAGGAAGAUCGACGAGUUCCUCGAGAUGCUUCCGCUGCUUCAGGCGCUCGGGUCGAAGGACGUGCGGCCGCGGCACUGGGACGAGCUCAUGACGCUCACCGGCGUCAAGAUGGACCUGAGCGAGGAGACGUUCAAGCUCUCGGACCUCCUCGGCUGCGGUCUCCUAAAAGUCGCGGAGGAGGUGGAGGAGCUCACCGCGGGCGCGGUCAAGGAGGCGCAGGUGGAGACCAAGCUCGCGUCGAUCGACGCCGACUGGGCGGAGGUGACGUUUGCGUUUCAGCCGUAUAAGAACCGAGGCGAGGUGUGCCUCGCCGUCGCGCCCACCGCGGAGCUCAUCGAAAAGCUCGAAGACUCGCAGAUGGCGCUCGGGUCCAUGGCCACGAACCGGUACUCCGCGCCGUUCAAGGAAGAAGUCCACGAGUGGAUCGCGAAGCUGUCCACCGUGGGCGAGAUCAUCGAGAUGUGGCUCGUCGUGCAAAACAUGUGGAUGUACAUGGAGGCGGUGUUCAGCGGCGGGGACAUCGUGAAGCAGCUCCCGCUCGAGGCGAAGCGGUUUCAGAACAUCGACAAGCAGUUCAUCAAGGCGGUUCAAAACGCGGUGGAGACGCAGAACGUCGUGGAGGUGUGCUACGUGAACGAUCUCAUGACGAACACGCUGCCGAUUCUCACGGAGCAGCUCGAGCUGUGCCAAAAGUCGCUCACGGCGUUUUUGGACACGAAGAGAGCCGAGUUCCCGCGCUUUUACUUCGUCUCCGACCCGACGUUGCUGGAGAUUUUGUCCCUGGGUUCGGACCCGCAGUCGGUGACGCCGCACUUCCAGUCCGGUCUGUUCGACUCCCUGACCGAGGUGACGUUCGACAAGGUGGACAAGACGAAGAUGCUGGAGAUGUUUUCGCAGCAGGGCGAGUGCGUGAAAUUCAUCGAAAACGUCGACGGCAUCCUCGAACCGCGGCCGGUCAUCGCGCAAGGGAACAUCGAGGUGUGGCUCCAGUCGCUCGUCGACGGCAUGCAGCGCUCGAUUCGCGGCGUCAUCAAGAUGGCCAACUCGGCCGUGCACGAGCAGGAUCUGGAGACGUUCAUCUUCGGGCACCCGGCGCAGAUUUCGCUUCUGGGGAUUCAGUUCCUCUGGACCUCGGACAUGCAGGGCGCGCUCUCCAUCGCGAAGAAGGAUAAGACGGCCAUGCAAAAAGCGUUUAAGAAGCAAGACGGCCUCCUGAAGGAGAUGAUCGUCAUCACGACGCGCUCGAACCUCGGAAAGAACGAACGCAAGAACCUCGAGACGGUGAUCACGGUGCACGUGCAUCAACGAGACACCUCGGAGGACCUCAUGAAGAAAAAAGUUCGCGACAUCGCUGACUUCGAGUGGGCGAAGCAGUGCCGUUUUUACUGGCGCGACGAGAUGAACACGGUGAUCAUCUCGAUCUGCGACGUGGAUUUCGAGUACUCGUACGAGUACCUCGGCGUGAAGGAACGCCUCGUGAUCACGCCGUUGACGGACAUCUGCUACGUCACGCUGUCUCAGGCGCUCGGGAUGUUCCUCGGCGGCGCCCCCGCGGGUCCCGCGGGGACGGGAAAGACGGAGACGACGAAGGAUCUCGGGAACACGCUCGGGAAGUUCGUCGUCGUCUUCAACUGCUCCGAUCAGAUGGAUUACAAGGGCAUGGGGAAGAUUUACCGCGGGUUGGCGCAAUCGGGUCUCUGGGGUUGCUUCGACGAGUUCAACCGCAUCAACCUCGACGUCUUAUCCGUGUGCGCGCAGCAGGUGUUUUGCGUCCUUCAGGCGAUUCGCGAGCGCAAGAAGCAGUUCAUCUUCACCGACGGCGCGAAGGUGUCCCUCGACCCUCGCGUCGGGUUCUUCAUCACGAUGAACCCGGGCUACGCCGGUCGCCAGGAGCUCCCCGAAAAUCUUAAAUCGCUCUUCCGCGGCGUGACGAUGAUGGUGCCGGAUCGACAGAUCAUCAAGAAGGUCAAGCUCGCCGCGUGCGGGUACCAACAGAACGAGUUUCUCGCGAAGAAGUUUUUCGUCCUCUACGGCCUGUGCGAGCAGCAGCUCUCGAAGCAGGCGCACUACGAUUUCGGUCUCAGGAACAUUUUAUCCGUGUUGCGCACGAUGGGCGCGUCGAAGCGCGAGAACCCGGGGAAAUCCGAAAUUUUCCUCGCGAUGCGAUCGUUGCGCGACAUGAACAUGUCCAAGUUUGUCGCCGAGGACGUGACGCUCUUCUUAUCCCUCAUCGGAGACAUCUUCCCGGGGGUGAAAGCGGACAAGGCCACGUUCCCGGACAUCGAAGCCGCGAUGGCGAAAGUCGCGACCGAGCGCGGUCUACAGCUCCACCCGACGUGGCUCAGCAAGUGCGUGCAGCUGUACGAGACGUACCUCGUGCGGCACGGGAUCAUGGUCGUCGGCCCGACGGGCGCGGGGAAGACGGCGAUUUGCGAGACGCUCGCGGGGGCGCUCACGGAGACGGGGGUCAAGCACAACAUCUGGCGGAUGAACCCGAAGGCGAUCACCGCGCCGCAGAUGUUCGGAAGGAUGGACGCCGCGACCGGGGACUGGACCGAGGGCGUCUUCGCGGUGCUGUGGCGACGGGCCGCGAAGGAGAAGAAGAACAACACGUGGAUCGUGCUCGACGGCCCCGUCGACGCGAUUUGGAUCGAAAAUUUGAACACGGUGCUGGACGACAACAAAGUCCUGACGCUCGCCAACGGCGACCGCGUGCAGAUGUCCGGAACGAUGAAGGCGAUGUUCGAGCCGGAAAACCUGAACAACGCAUCCCCCGCGACCGUUUCACGCGCCGGCAUCAUUUUCGUCUCCGAGACGGAGCUCACGUGGAAGCCCGUCGUCGCGUCGUGGCUAGCGACGCGCAAGGCGACGGAAUCCGCGGCGCUCGCGCCGCUCUUCGAAAAGUACGUCGACGAGCUCACGCACGAGAUCGCCAUGACGUGCAAGCCCGUCAUGAGCGGGAUCCCGUGGGAGCACGUGUCUCGAGACUUUUGCUCCGUGACGACGUUGCUCACGAUGCUGAAAGCCGUCCUCGGAGCCGCAGCGCCGGGCGGCGAGUCGCUCAGCGAGGGCCACUACGAACGGCUGUUCAUCUACUGCACGUGCUGGGCGAUCGGAGGGAUGCUUCCGCUGGAAGACCGACCCAAGUUCAACAAGAAGCUCGUGGAGCUGAGCGCCGGGAACACGCCGGCGUGGCGCGACGAGGAGAGAGACACGUUUUUCGAGUACUACGUCGACGACGAGAACGCGGAGUGGAACCACUGGGCCGACCGAGUACCGGAUUGGCAUUACCCCGUGGAGCAAGAGACGCCGAAGUUCGCGUCUCUCGUGAUCCCCACGCUCGACUCCGUGCGUCUGGAGUACGUGCUGAAGAUGGUCUCCAGCGUCGGGAAGAGCUCGCUGUUCGUCGGCGGGCCGGGAACCGCAAAGACGACGACGAUUCAGUCGUUCAUGGACUCGUUCGACCCGGAGGAGAUGGCGUCCAAGGCGAUCACGUUUUCGUCGCUCACGACGCCGGAAAUUUUCCAAGUCACCGUGGAGGCGUCCGUGGAGAAGCGCCAGGGCAGGACGUUCGGCCCGCCCGGCGGGAAGAAGCUCCUCGUAUUCGUGGACGACAUCUCCAUGCCCGCGAUGAACGAUUGGGGCGACCAGACCACGAACGAGAUCGUCCGGCAGCUCUUGGAGCAAGGCGGCAUGUACUCGUUGGAGAAGCCCAUCGGAGACAUGAAGAUGAUCGUCGACUGCCAGUACCUCGCGGCGAUGAACACCCCGGGCGGCGGCAAGAACGACAUCCCGAACCGCCUGAAGCGACACUUCGCCAUCUUUAACGUGCCGUUGCCGUCCGUCGCGGCGAUCAACAACAUCUUCGGGCAGCUCGUCGCCGGGCGAUUCGCGGCGGACGCGUGCGGCGAAGACCUUCACGACGCCGCGCUCAAGCUCGUCCCGAUCACGAUCGAGCUGUGGAAUAAAGUCCAGACGAAGAUGCUGCCCACUCCCGCGAAGUUUCACUACCUGUUCAACAUGCGCGAGCUCUCGAAGGUGUUCCAAGGGUUGAUCCUCGCGGAGAGAGACCGGUUCAAGCUCGGCGUGGAGCACCCGCCGUUCGGCGGCGACGUCACCACUCCGGACGGGUACCUGGUGGCCGCGUGGCGGCACGAGUGCGAGCGCGUGUUCGUCGAUAAGCUCACCACGUACGAGGACAAGAACUGGACGGACGAGCUCAUCACGAGCAUCAUCAAGAAAACCUUCAGCUCGGAUAUCACGAAGCAGGUAAAGGAGCGGGUGUAUUUCGUGGACUUUUUACGCCCGCCGAUUUACGACGAAGACACCGGAGAGACGAUCGACGCGAACCCGUCCUUCUACGAGUCGACGAUCUCGUUGGACGCGGUGAAAAUAGUCGCGGACGAGAAGAUGCGGCUCUUCAACGAAACCUCGAAGACGUACAAGCUCGAUUUGGUGCUGUUCCAAGACGCGCUGCUGCACAUGAUGCGCAUCGCGAGACUCUUGGCGAUGGAUCGCGGCUCGGCGCUUCUCGUGGGCGUCGGAGGGAGCGGGAAGCAGUCGCUCACGCGGCUCGCGGCGUACAUCUCCGGCGCGUUCACGUUCCAGAUCACGAUCAGCAAGCAGUACAACCAGGUAGCGCUGUUCGAGGACCUCAAGGCGCUGUACAAGGUUGCCGGUCUGAAGGGCCAAAAGGUGUGCUUCAUCUUCACCGACGCGGAGAUCAAGGACGAAGGCUUUCUCGAGUUUAUCAACCAGAUUUUGAUGACUGGCGAGGUGGCGGGGCUGUUCCCCAAGGACGAGAUGGACAUGAUCUUGAACGAUAUGCGCGCGGUGAUGAAGCGCGAGGCGCCGUCGAUCAUUGACACGAUGGAGAACCUCUACGCGUUCUUCAUGGGACGCGUUCGGGAUAACCUGCACACGUGCCUGUGCUUCUCGCCCGUCGGGGAUAAGUUUUCCACGCGCGCGAGAAACUUCCCGGGUCUCAUCAACGGCUGCACGAUCGACUGGUUCCUCCCUUGGCCGCAAGAGGCGCUCAUCGCGGUGUCCACGAAGUUCAUCGGCGACUUCCAGAUGGCGUGCGACGACAAGGCGAAGCACGAGCUCCAGAAGCACAUGGGGUUCGUCCACGUCGCGGUGACGCGCGCGUGCAAGGAGUACUUUGAAAAGUUCCGCAGAAACGUCUACGUGACGCCGAAAUCGUACCUGUCGUUCAUCGACGGCUACCGCGCGCUGUAUCAGCGGAAGCUCGACGAGGUCAAACAGCUCGCGGACAAGAUCAACAGCGGUCUGAACAAGCUGUUCGAAGCGAAAGCGGACGUGAAGAACAUGCAGAUUGAGCUCACGCAGAAGAACAAAGACCUCGCCGUCGCGCAAAAAGACGCCGCGGAUCUCCUCAAGGAAAUCUCCGCCUCCACCGCCAUCGCGGAGAAGGAAAAGGCGCGCGUCGCGGUCAUCGUCGAGGGCGUCUCCGCGAAAGCGGACGAGAUCUCCAUCGUGAAGGAGGACGCCGAGCGCGACUUGGCCGCGGCGAAGCCCGCGCUCGACGCCGCGGUGGAAGCGUUGAACUCAAUCUCGGCGAAGGACAUCGGCGCGCUCAAGGCGCUGAAAAACCCGCCCGACGUCGUCAAGCGCAUCUUCGACGCGGUGCUCGUGCUGCGACAGUUCCCGAUGUCGUCGCCGGUGACGUGGCACGACGUCAAGGGCGCGAUGGUCAUCAACGGCUCGGACAACUACAAAGACGUCACGAUGAAGAUGAUGGGCGACACGCAGUUUUUGGGCAAGCUGAUGGCGUUUCCGAAGGAGCAGAUCAACGACGAGACGUGCGAGCUCCUCGAGCCGUACCUGCAAGCCCCGGACUUCAACUUCGAGAUGGCGCAGAAGGCGUCCGGCUCCGUCGCGGGUCUGUGCAACUGGUGCGAGGCGAUGAAGACGUACCACUUCGUCGCGAAGGUUGUCGACCCGAAGAUCAUCAUGCUGAGAGCCGCGGAGGCGGAGCUCAAGGUUGCGAUGAAGGCGAAGCAAGCCGCGGAGGACGAGCUCGCGAAAGUGCAGGCGAACCUCGACGAGAUGCAGGCCAAGUUCGACGCGGCGAUGGCGCAGAAGCAAGCGCUCGAGGACGACGCCGCGGCGUGCCAGAGGAAGAUGGAAGCCGCGACGACGCUCAUCUCCGCGCUCGCGGGGGAGGAGGUGCGCUGGACGGAGCAGUCGAAGCAAUUCGACUUGCAAAUCCAACGACUCACGGGCGACUGCGCGCUCGCGUCGUCGUUCGUGUCCUACCUCGGCCCGUUCAACAAGGAGUUCCGCGAUUUGCUCUUGAGCCGCGACUUUUACGGCGACUGCGUCGAGCGCGGCAUCCCGGUCACGGAGAACCUCGACGUGACGAGGUUCCUCGUCGACGAGUCCGAGAUCGGCGAGUGGAACCUCCAGGGCUUGCCCACGGACGAGCUGUCCAUUCAAAACGGCAUCAUGGUGACGCGCGCGACGCGGUACCCCGUGCUCGUGGACCCGCAAGGCCAAGGCACGGCGUGGAUCAAGUCCAGAGAAGAGAUGAACAUGCUGCGCGUCACGUCCCUCGGCGAGAAGCAGUUCAGGAACCACCUCGAGGACGCGAUGAGUUACGGCAAGCCGAUGCUCAUCGAGAACAUCGAGGAGGAGCUCGACCCGAUGCUGGAUCCGGUGCUCGAAAAACGCGUCGUCCGAAAGGGCAAGUCGCUCAUCAUCCAGAUGGACAAAGAGAUCGACUUCACGGAGACGUUCAGCCUGUUUUGCACGACGCGGCUUCCGAACCCGCACUACUCUCCGGAGAUGAGCGCGAAGGUGACGAUCAUCGACUUCACCGUCACCGCCGUCGGCCUCGAAGACCAGCUCCUGGGAAAGCUCAUCCUGAAGGAGAAGCACGAGCUCGAGGAACAGCGGCAGGCGCUCGUGGAGGAGGUGACGUCGUACAAGAAGAAGAUCAAACAGCUCGAGGACGAUCUGCUCUUCCGCCUGUCCAACUCCACGGGGAAUCUGUUGGACGACGUCGAGCUCAUCGACGUCCUCAACAACACGAAGCAGACGGCGCAGGACGUCAACGAGAAGCUCGCCACCGCGUCGGAGACGAACAUCAAAAUCACCGAGGCGUGCGAGGAGUACCGCCCGGUGGCGCACCGCGCGACGCUGAUUUACUUCCUCAUCGCGGAGUUCGCGACGUGCAACGUGAUGUACCAGACGUCGUUGAAGCAGUUCAACCAGCUCUACGAGCUCGCCAUCGACAACGCGGAGCAGGCGAAGAUGCCGGCGAAGCGCAUCGCGAACAUAAUCUCGCACAUGACGUACAGCAUCUACCUGUACAUCCAACGCGGGCUGUUCGAGCGGCAUAAGCUGACGUUCGCGCUGAUGAUGACGAAUAAGAUUCUCGUGAGCUCCGGCGAGCUCGGCGCGGAGCUCGUGUCCGUGUUCCUCAAGGGUGGGGGCUCGCUCGACAUCAAGUCCGUCGCGAGAAAGCCGAAGGAUUGGAUCCCCGACCGGUGCUGGCUCGACAUCGUCGCGCUCUCGAAGCUUCCGAGCUUUUCCGACAUUCUCGAGUCGUUCCAACGCAGCGACGGGCUGUGGCGGCGGUGGUACGAUCUCGAAGCCCCGGAGGGAGCGGACGUUCCGGACUUCCAGGACCGAAUCACGAAGUUUGAGAAGAUGAUGAUCGUCAAGGCGCUUCGAGAGGACCGAACGAUGGUCGCAGCGCAAGAGUACAUCGCCGACGCCAUCGGCCAACAGUUCGUCGAGUCCGUGCCUCUGUCCAUGGAGAAGACGUGGGAAGAGACGACGCCGUUCGUGCCCGUGAUUUGCAUCCUGUCGCCCGGCGCGGACCCGACGAAGCUCAUCGAGGAGCUCGCGAAGCGGAAGAAGAUCAAGAUGGAGGGCGUCUCCAUGGGCCAAGGCCAGGAGAUCGUCGCGCGGAAGAUGAUGACGACGGCGACGCUGGAGGGGCAGUGGGUGUUGCUCCAAAACACCCACCUCGGUCUCAACUACCUCACCGAAGUCGAGACGUACCUCACGAAAGCGGAGGAACUCCACGAGGACUUCCGCCUCUGGAUCACCGCGGAGCCGCACCCGGAGAUCCCCAUCGGGCUGUUGCAGAUGUCCAUCAAGCUCACGAACGAAGCCCCGGUUGGCAUGCGCGCGGGGUUGCGAAACUCGUACGCGUGGGUCAACCAGGACAUGCUCGACGCCGUCGGGCGGUACGAGUGGCGGCAGAUGCUCUUCGUGAUGUGCUACAUGCACUCGAUCGUCCAGGAGCGCAGGAAGUUUGGCCCGAUCGGGUGGAACAUCUUGUACGAGUUCAACCAGUCCGACCUCAGCGCGUGCGUGCAGUUUCUGCAGAACCACACGAUGGAGAUGGACGCCAAGAAGCUCAACUCGCCGACGUGGCCGACGGUGACGUACAUGAUCUCGCAGAUUCAGUACGGCGGGAGAAUCACGGAUCCGUUCGACGAGCUUCUCAUGGACACGUACGCGGGGCAGUACUUCAACAAGGGGUCGCUGGAGAAGGGCCUCGAGCUGUUCAAAGGGUACGUCGUCCCCGACGAGACGGACAUCGCCAAGUUUCGCGCCGCGAUCGAAGACCUCCCGUCGCAGGAAUCCCCCGAGAUUUUCGGUCUGCACCCGAACGCGGACCUGACGUUCCGCACCCUCGCGGUCGCGGGCAUGAUCGACACGGUCGUCUCCACGAUGCCCAAGGCUGGCGGCGGCGGCGGCGGGAUGUCGCCCGAGGAAACCGUCGACGGCAUCUGCGAAGACUUGCUCGGCAAGGUGCCGUCCGAGUUCCAACCCGAGGUCACGAAGGAGCUCCUCCGAAAGCUCCCGGGCGGGCCGACGCAGCCGCUGACGGUGCACCUGCGCCAGGAGAUCGACCGCCUGAACAUCAUAAUAAACCUCACGACGAAGACGCUCAGAGACUUGCGGCUGGCCAUCGCGGGCACGAUCGCGUUGGCGGGCGACCUCGUGGAGGCGUUGGACAAACUUUUCAACGCGAGCAUCCCCUCCGCGUGGCUCAAAAAGUCAUGGGAGUCGUCCACGAUCGGGUCGUGGUUCCAAGGGUUACUCCGCAGGCACGAUCAACUCGACCGGUGGCUCCACCGCGGGCGCCCGAAAGGGUACUGGCUCACCGGGUUCUUCAACCCGCAAGGGUUCCUCACCGCGAUGAAGCAGGAGGUGAACCGGCUGCACGCCAAGGAUAAGUGGGCGCUUGACGACGUGGUGAUGACGUCGGAGGUGACCAACCCGCCGAAAGAGAUCGAACAGCUCAAGGACGAGCCGAAGGAGGGCGUGUACGUGUACGGGCUGUUCCUCGAGGGGUGCCGCUGGGACGGGAAGAUGAAUUGCCUCGUCGACUCGGAGCCGAAGAAGCUGUUCACGCCGCUGCCCGUACUGUACGUCACGGGGGUGCAGCAAAAGGAUAAGCCGACGAAGAAUGUCUUCGAGGCGCCGACGUACAAGGUGAAGAAGCGCACGGGGCUCAACUUCAUCACGACGUUCACGGUGAGGACGCAGGAGCCGACGUCGAAGUGGGUCAUGCGCGGCGUCGCGUUGCUCGCGUCUGUGGACUGAUGAGUGAUGAGGAGGAAGAGAAGGAGUUUACGACGCUACUGUACGCGAAAAAACUACGGUACGGUGAAGAAGAGGUAACUUAAGAAGAGAAGGUAGCAUUUAAUCCGCCUCUCGACGGCGCCGCUCCCCGCGAACCCGGUGUGCGCUCGCGUUUAGAACGCGGGUCGAACCGACGGGAGCGACGCGUCGUCGAAGCGAUGAAUUACGUAGCAGUUUUUACCCUAGCGAUGUCAAUACGCACGAGAGCGAAUGACGUC